AUGCUGCGGUGUGUGGCUGGGCUGACCUGGGCCGAGUCGCCACCCUAUCCAGGCCAGGUCACCGCCUUCGACCAGGUCACCGCCUUCGACCAGGUCACCGCCUUCGACCAGGUCACCGCCUUCGACCAGGUCACCGCCUUCAACCAGGUCGCCGCCUUCAACCAGGUCGCCGCCUUCAACCAGGCUUCGAUCAGGAUCAUUUAG